AUGGCGUCGCGAGCGGGCUCGUCAUUGUCGCCAUUGGUCCUCGGGACAAAAUGGUGCGAUGCUGCGUACGCUGCACCAGCAUUGCGGUGCGCCUUUUCGACAACGCCGAUCCAGUCGAGAAGGAGCAAGGCGCAACAUAGGAUGUUUGACUUCCUCAAGAAAAGAGGUAGCAGGUUUCAGGAUGCCGAGGGCCAGGGCCCCAAUUACUUGGGCGGCUUCGACCAACCCUUCCCGAUGAACCCGUUCUUCAAGAGUGAACCCGUGCUGAGCGAGGCUCUGAGGGAAGAGGUCUUCAGGAGGGUCAAGACGGCCAAGGAGUCGUUGAAGCUUGUUUCGGCUGAGUUGGGUAUCGAUGUUCGCCGCGUCGCUGCCGUAGUGCGGAUGAUGGAGAUCGAGAAGCAGUGGAUAACAGAGCGCAAACCACUGGCCAGACCUUAUGCACAGGCCGUCAUGGGCAUGCUGCCCCAAACUCCUUUCGCAGAGCAGGAGACCGGAGGUCAACAGGUUCCUCACGAGCCCGUGAAUGAGAUCCACGUCCACAAGCUCACGAUGCAACAACUCUUCGUGCCCGUGUCGGAGUCGCGGCAAUUCAAUAGAGAAGACGCCGCAAAGGCCUUCCAUAGAAACAUGCUUUCGAUUGACGAUCGAUCACCGCACAAGGAGCUCAUUGACAUGAGGAGGGCGGCUUUCAACGGCGGCGACAGAAGAGAGCUGACGCGCAAGUUCCGCGCCGAUACCAGGGCGCAGGAGGAUAGGUUGAUUGAGAGAGAGCGCAAGCGUUCCGAAAAGGCUGAAGAGGAGACGACGCGUGUUGAUACCGGUCGUUUCGAGUUCAGGUUCAAGGAGAUGAAUGUUGAGACUGUCGGCAAGAACGGCCGCAGCAGGGGAGGCGUCGGCUGGAGAUACGGUGUCCCCUUCUAUGACCGCAGGAAGGGCGAGGUGAAGAUUCCCACGUCGGUGCCUUGA